AUGAAUGGUGCCUGUCGCUUUCAGUGAGCUGGAGGCAAAGCAGAGGGCAGAGUUGACCAUGAGAAACUUGCAGAUAGAGAUGAGGUCCAGCGCCAACACCAUAAAGGAGCUGGAGGAGGAGAGGGAGGAGCUCCAGCGUCAGGUGACACACGCUAACAACGCGCGUCUGCUGCAAGAACAGAUCAAUGACGACCAGCAGAAGUUCAUCCACCAGCAGACGACGCAGCAGGCUCAACACACACCCAGGGAUUCCAAAGACUUUGACGAGUCACCUGAGCUGUCUGGGGACAUGGACAAGUUGAGGGCAGAACUCUAUGCAUUGAAAGUGAGUUCAUGAUUUGUUCAUUUUGGAUUAGUGAAUAUG